CUUUGGCUUCACCGCGCCCGAAAAGGCGAAGGAGCCGAGGCUGGCCUUGCCAGGUAUAAAGAUGGCCGCCCUCAAGGGAAAAUUGGUGGCAGGUCUCUUCACGCGCCUCCACUGGAGCUCUCCGACGGUCAGAUGGUCCUCAGACCGGGCGAUUCCCCAAGCUUUGUGGAAGUUGGGGCGGCUCAACCAUGUGGCCAUCGCCGUGCCUGACCUGGAAAAAGCCACCGCUCUCUACAGGGAUGUGCUACAAGCCCGCGUGAGCGAAGUCCUUCCCCUCCCCGACCACGGGGUCUACACGGUCUUCGUGGAGCUGGGAAACACGAAACUCGAGCUUCUGCACCCCCUGGGAGAAAAAAGCCCCAUCACGGGUUUCCUGCAAAAAAAUAAGGCCGGGGGGAUGCAUCACAUCUGCCUGGAGGUGGACAAUAUCGCCAACGCCAUCAAAGAGCUGAAGAGGAAAAAUAUCCGCGUUCUGAGUGACGAACCCCAAAUCGGGGCUCACGGAAAGCCGGUAGUUUUCCUGCACCCCAAAGACUGUGACGGGGUGCUGGUAGAACUUGAACAAGCCUAGUUCUCCAAAAUGAAGGAUGCGUCCAUCCCGCACCGCAGGAGCCAAAGAAUGACUUUGCACCUCUCUCUUCUCUGUGGCACACAUCCAAGGUGGGCCUCUCCCAAAACUUCAGGGCCCCUAUUUUGAAAGGGCAGGAACAGGAUUGCCGGUGGAAGUUCCCGCUGAGAUAUCCCAUUCAUUUCGGGGAAUGCACCCCAAUUAACAGUGUAACCGGAAAUAUGGAAGCAGAACUUCACAUAAAGAGUCACAAAUUUACAAUUAAAAACCAAGGAGAAAAAGAGCGGUGGGUGUUUUUGAGUUUUUGAGAGGCAGGGCAAUCUUUUUCAACCCUGGAAACUUGGGUGGACUUCAAUUCCCAGAAUUCCCCAGCCAGGUAAAGUUGCCAAGGUUGAGAAACAUAGCUGUGUUGAGAAAACAGAGGGCCUGUGUUUUCUGUACCUCGGAGGAUGGAUAUUUCCUUAAAUCAGCUGGGUGCUCAUGAAGAUUUUCAUUUUUUUCCUCUAACCGUUGCAAGACCAGGGUCUAAUUUUACACUCCCUUGAACGAAAGGGAUCGGGAAAAUCCUCCAUUUGCAAGGGAGAAAGCAGUGGAGAUCCAGAGGUGCUUUUCUUCAUAAUUACUCCGCUAUUCCCUUAAGAAAACACCUAAAGCCUUUUUUUUUUCCUUCUGCUUUUCGUAUUCUGAAGCAUCACUGAAUAAUGAGACCCUAGUUGUUAUUGUAUGAGCAAUUUUGCCCUCCUGUAACAGUGGCUCUGAGGCAGCCCGUGAUCCUCUGUAGUUGCCUUUUUGGUACGCUUGCAAAAAUGUGGCUAUCGGAAGAAAUAUACAUACAUAAAUACAUACCUAUAUAUGGAAGAAACAGAAUCUUUCAAUCUCUUUUUAAAAAAAUCAGCUUCUAGCCCUGAGAGAAUUAUUUCUAGUUAUUACAGCUCCUCAUAAUUUCAAAUCCUUUGAAUAAGCAAUGAGCAAUUAGAAGCCAGAUUUGUUUAACCAGCUAAGAAAAAUGUGUGGCUGCAUCGAAAUGAGCCAGUAGAUUUUUUAUUUUUAUUUUUUUGCUGUAAUUGAAAACACGGCCCUCUUGUCC